AUGCCGAGAUACUUGUACAAAAGUCUACAGGCUGUUCAUACCGAGAGAGGAAGAAUCGUGAGUUCUCGCUACCUGCAGCACGAUAACAAAGAUGCCAAGAAGGUUAUUUCAUCAAAUUCCUUUUCAACGUCUACUGCUAUACCAUCUUCUGCAAGUAAACCAAGAUCAGUUGUUCCUCAGAAAAGCAGAACUUCUGCUGGUGUUGUCUCCAGCUCAUUAAAUCAGAGUGGUUUUGAGAAAGAUAACUUGCAGUCCACUUUGUUAGAUGGAGAUAAAGUUAGUCGACCAGAUCUUGAUCUUUCAGCUAUUAAUGGUAAAACUGUCUGCAAAAAGACUCCUGGUUCAAACUUUGCUUGCAAAGGAGAUGAAGAGACAGAACAAGAAACCAAAGAAGGGGAAGAGGAUUCUGAUGCUGAGAUGGAAGAGCUGGAAUCUCAGACGCUGCUUUUAACUUACCUAAGAGUAAAGGCUGGAAAAAAUCUCGCCAAGCUGGAGGAGAAAGCAGAAAAAAACUUGUUAAUGUUGUGUGAAGAAAAGGAGAGACAACAGGAGAAACUCUGUCAGUUGAAGCGUGAAAUUCUGCUCAAAGAGAAAGAACAGAAACUUGAUGAUGCAUUAGACAAACAGAUGGAAGUACUUCCUCCCCUUGUUGCUGUUUGUGAACAGUUUAAAGAGCAAUAUAAAAGCUUCGCAGUUUCCCUGGAUGCCACUAGGCAUGAAUUACCCAUCAAGAAUAUUCACAUAGAAGGAGAUACGCUAACAUACCUUGAUGAACUUCAAAAGCAGUUAACUAUCACACAGGAACUUUUGACAGAAGUUACACCAAGCUACUCAGAAGAAGGUGCAAAAGCAUUCAGAGUACUGAAAGAGCUUAAAGAAGUGUCUCACAAACUGGAUGAAGAGCUUCAAAGGAGCUUCACACAAGUCCAGAACCUGUCGUUUGAAGUCAGUAAAGAAGUUUCUCUGCAUAACCAAAGAAUAUGUGAAGAGAAUCAUGGACUAGAUGUUGUGAAACACUGGUACUUCAACUAA